CUCACCGACAGACCCAGCCCCAGCUUAACAUACUGUACUCUACUGCACUGCAUCAUGUCCGUUCCGCUGCAUUCUGCCCCACCCGCCUCGCCUUUCGCCCUCGCCGUGGCAGCAGCCCUGCUGCACAACAGGCAUAUCAUCAUCCUUCGCUUCCCACUCACUCCCCGACCUAAUUACCCACAACUUACGAAACUCCCCAGUGGAGCCAUCCGCGGACAAGAUGGAUGUGAUCGACGAGCGAGCCUCCCCAAAAAUAAAUGGGAAAAUCCGGCAUCCCCACGAGAUCGACGAGCGACUUCAAAAGAAAAUAUCUCCAUCCCCACAAGUUCCCCGCUUGCCCAGCAAGAGACCAUCUUGGGAAAAUUGCCCGCGUCUCCGAGAGCCUCUCGCUGAUUCAUGCUC